CUGGGUGAACGCUUCCGUCGUCUUUUUUCGGGACCGCUAGCACGUCUCUUGAAUGUCAGCGUCCAUCCCUCACGUAUCCACGGUCGUGGGCUUUUCGCCCUGCGCUUUUUUCGACCUGAUGAAAUGGUAGCGGAGUACACUGGUGAGGUGAUUCGUAAUGCUGUCUGUGAGGCGCGCGAGGUGCGCUAUCGACGCGCUGGUGUGGACUGUUAUAUGUUCCGCUUGGACUCCUCGCUGGUCAUAGACGCCACCUAUGCCGGGAACGCCGCUCGCUUCAUUAAUCACUCAUGUCAGGUAUAG